AUGAAGACGAAGAAGACUUUUGUUGAAAACAACGAUGAAAACGACAAAAGAGUAAACGACCAUUUUACCGUCGCGUGCGUGAACGCGUUCGCGGUCGAUUGCGCGAACAAUUUAAACGCGAUUCGAGCGAGAAGCCAACGCGGGUUAGAACAAAUCGAAACGAAGAUGGAGACGAUGGAACGGAGUUUACAGUUUUUGGAGAAGAAGUUAGAACGAUUUGAUGAGGAGGAGGAAGGAGGAGGGAAAGGAGAGGCUGUGAAAACGCCUCCACCACCUCUCCCGCCUUCGUCGGCGGAGAGAGAUGAACCUCCUGAUGGUGAAUUUUCACCGCAUUUGGUACAAGAAGGUGCGAGAGCAGGCGAGGACGGAAACGCACAAACUAGCAAUGAAAAGAAAGAAGAAGGAGCGCGACGAAUACGUGUAAAUCCAGCGCACGAGAAGUAUCACAAGAUGCUACGUUUGGGCGUGCCAGAACAGGCGGUGAGGAAUAAAAUGAAGUUGGACGGCGUCGACGAACGCGACGUGGUCUUUUCGCAAUAA